UGUGUAGUUCAAUGGUUAUUCGUGAUUUAACAUUACGUAGUGCAGCCAGCUUUGGGUCUUUUCAUCUCAUUCGCUUGCUAUAUGAUGAAUACAUGUUUUAUCUCAUUGAACAUCAGGUCGCUAUUGCAACUGGUACUACUCCAAUAGCAGUUAUGGGUGAUAAAAAUCAAGCUUAUCAGAUAAUCAAUGACUAUGACAUGACUUCCAACGGAAGUGUUUCAAGUAUAAAUGAACAAAAACGGAUCAAAAUCAGCUAACUAAGUGCUAGUGCUUUGUAGGAUUCAAUCUUUGUGCAAUUCAUACAAUUUCUCCAACACUUAAAUUCAGUUGAUUAACAAGAAAGGUUUAUAUAUCAUGAUUUCACAAAUUAUAUCAUUUAGCAGCGAAACAAAUUAUAAUUAAAACAAUUAAGUAUAUAAUUCAACAAAAUUUUGCAGUCAUAAAAUUCAGUAAUAGCUAGUUAUGCAGAGAUUAACAAAACUGAAAAUAAUAAUAAUAUUAUUAUAGUGACACUAACAAUGACAAUGUUUACGAUACUCCAGAGAAAACAUGAACCGUCUUUUUCACCAAACUGCAUUCGAGUCUAUGGGACCAUUCAUAAUAAAUGUUCUCUCAGUAAACUCAUCCAAAGAUAUAAAUAAGUGAUUUAAAGUCUCUUAUUUGCGCGAUUUAUUUUUUUGACUGUAAAAUUAUAAACUUGUUUGUACUAAUAAGAAUUAAUGUAUCAUUAACAAUUGAUGAA